AUGACUGCAAUCUCAAACCCUCUGCGCUCAAACUGUGCCCAUCUCAAACACCACAACAUCUCUUCUACUCGUUUCACCUCCAACCUCGCCUCACUCUUCACCUUUAACCAAAACCCAAAACCCCAUCACCCACAAAACCAGACCGAACCCAUCACCAUCUCCCACACUCAAACCCAACAAGACUCCCUCCUCUCCCUCAUCAAAUCAUGCUCCCACAAAUCCCAUAUCCUCCAAAUCCACGCCCACAUUCUCCGAACCUCUCUCAUUCUCGACUCCACACUCUGCUUCCACUUCCUCUCCCUCAUUUCCCUCUCCCCACAAUUCAAAAACUUGACAUAUUCCCGCCAUUUCCUAGCACAAAUCCUCAAACCCAAUCCCAUUCACUACAACACUCUCGUGAGAGGUUACUCAAUGUCUGACUCACCCGAUGAGGGCUUCCGUCUCUACCGAGAUUUCCGACGGCGAGGGCUUCCCUGCAACUCGCUGUCGUCCUUUUUCGUAAUCCAAUGUUGUGUUAGAACUAAAUACUUGCUAGGAGGAGUUCAGAUUCAUGGUAGGGUUGUGAGAGACGGGCAUCAAUCCGACAGUCGUUUACUGACAACAUUGAUGGACCUGUACUCUAUGUGUGGGCGCUAUAAUGAUGCAUGUAAGGUGUUCGACGAAAUUCCUCUGAGAGAUACUGUGGCUUGGAAUGUGUUGAUUUCUUGCUUUCUGCAUAACAGCCGCAGCAGAGAUGCUUUGGGUUUGUUUGACGUGAUGCAGAGCGAGAGUUACGGAUGUGAGCCUGAUGAUGUCACUUGUUUGCUUACGCUCCAAGCUUGCGCAAACAUGAACGCGUUGGAGCUUGGCGAGAGAGUUCAUAGGUAUAUCGAGGGGCGUGGUUACGGUGACGCGACUAAUCUGUGCAAUGCUCUUUUGACUAUGUAUUCGCGGUGUGGGUGUUUGGAUAAGGCUUAUGAGGUGUUUAAGGGAAUGCCGGGUAGAAAUGUGGUUUCGUGGAGUGCAAUGAUUUCGGGGCUUGCUGUGAAUGGGUACGGCAGGGAUGCUGUUGAUGCGUUCUGUGAGAUGCAGAGAUUGGGUGUUUUACCUGAUGAACAGACUUUUACUGGUGUUCUUUCUGCUUGCAGUCAUUGUGGGUUGGUUGAUGAAGCAAUGGAUAUUUUUGAUCGCAUGAGCAGAGAGUUUGGAGUUGUGCCUAAUGUUCAUCACUAUGGGUGUAUAGUUGAUCUGCUUGGUCGUGCUGGCAGACUUGAUCAAGCAUAUCAGCUUAUAAUGGCGAUGGAUGUCAAACCAGAUCCGAAAAUAUGGAGGACAUUACUUGGGGCUUGCAGGAUUCAUAAAUAUGAAACCCUUGGGGAACGUGUGGUGGAUCAUUUGAUCGAACUCAAGGCUCAAGAGGCAGGGGACUAUGUUCUGUUGAUGAAUAUUUACUCUACAGCUGAAAACUGGGAGAAGUUAGCUAAAUUGAGGAAGUUUAUGAAGGAAAAAUCAAUUCAAACUACACCAGGCUGCAGCACAAUUAUACUGAAUGGAACAGUCCAUGAGUUUUUGGUGGAUGAUGUUUUGCAUCCAAGGAAGGACGAAAUCUACAGAAUGCUGGAUGAGAUCAAUAGUCAGCUAAAGAUUGCUGGUUAUGUUGCUGAUGUAUCGUCUGAAAUGCACAACUUGGGGACAGAAGAGAAGGGAUGUGCACUCUCUUAUCACAGCGAGAAACUAGCUAUUGCUUUCGGAGUGCUGGCAACUCCACCUGGCACGACGGUCAGAGUGGCCAAGAAUCUUCGGACCUGUGUUGAUUGUCACAAUUUUGCGAUGCUUCUCUCGGGGGUUUAUAACCGGACGAUAAUUGUUAGAGACCGCAGCCGGUUCCAUCAUUUUCGGGAGGGACGCUGCUCAUGCAAUGGCUAUUGGUAGGAACAUUCAAGAACUACGACAUACGUGAGCAACAGUGUAGAAUUUCAGAGAAGUAAAACUGUAGAGUAGUAUGCAUGGUAUUGAAAAGCUAUGGAUAAGUGACAAUGAUUCGGACUGACAGAUUAUAUAGACAAUUUUGAAGUUCUUGACAGAUUAUGUUGCUGAAAUUCCCAAAUUUACACACUU